AUGGGAGAACGGGAAGACAAGCUCGCUGCAGCCAAGAAACGGUUUCUUGAAGCCAAACGCAAGAAGAGGAUUGCUGAACAGUCAAAAGAAAAGCCGAAAGAAAGCAGCGCCUCCAAUGCCAAACCAGAGUCGCCAGACACAAAGGAGGAAGCAAAGAACGAGAAACAAUCCUCGACACCGGACAAUAAUUCGAGCGAAACGGCUGAGGCUGUUUCGAAAGAAGACUCCGUGGCAGAAUCUGCGUCGUCCACUCCCUCUGAAGCCAAGACAAACGAACAGGAAGAGCCAGAGCAACCAGAGCAGCAAUCAGAACCUUUACUUGACGAAACAACUCAUGACACUGAAAUUGCGAAGACCACUUCUGAUGAAUCUAAUACAGAGACUGUUGCCCCCACUGAUGACGCCCCCACUGAAAUGGAGGAAGCAAGUUCAGUGGAGAAGGACACGAAUGAGGAGAAAAAGGAAAAUACGGAAUCUACUGCUGUUAAAACACAAGAGCCGGAAGCAGAGACAACAGAACAGUCAACAACAUUGGAAUCAGGGCCGGAGAUGACGCCUGCGCCAGCAGUGGAGCCCACCCCAGAUACCAACGAGACUGCAGAACGGUCUCCUCCAGCACACUCCUCCUCCCGCUCAUCUACAUCGACCGAUGUUCAUAAUACUCCUUCGCCAGAGUCUAGACCAGAAGCCUCACCCAUUUCGACUCCAAUCCUCACCCAAGCAACCCCCACUUCGUCUACCGAUUUACUGGCGGACACACGUGCUGAGCUUAAGAAGGUGCUGGCCGAAAAUGCAAUGCUAAAGGAGACACUGGAGCGUUAUAAGCUCGCAAUGGAUGAGUUUACGGCCUGCCAGGAGCGCAUCAAAGAGCUUGAAGCACUGCUCUACACAAGAGACUCGAAACGCCUUACCGACGAAUCACACGCACCUGACUUUGACGUGAUCGACAAUGUCACUAUUGACUUGACUCGCACAGGCUUCCCCGGCGCUCUUGGAGCCCCCUUCGAAGUUUAA